AGUGGAGUAGGUAGCAGUUGAAAUAUUAGUUUGGAGCAGAGCGAAAGACACAUUGGAGUCACGAUAGAAACCUCAAAGGACUACUUCUUCAAUAUAACACCAAAAAAGGAUAAUAAAUCAAAGGAACAAUGAACAUCAAUUACAUCGUCAUAUUGCAGUUGCUGGGAGUGAUGGUUUUGCUGACUUAUGCAAAUGCCAUCCCGAAAUAUGAAGAGAGCCAUAAGUUCUAUGCGGAUAAAACCCAACGGGAUAGGGGUUACUACAAUGAAAAUAAGACUCAACCGAGUGAUCCUCAGGCAGCUUCCACGAAAGACAGAUUGGAACGUUUGGGAUAUACCACUGGCUAUGGAUCUCUAAAUGGAUAUCCUGGUGGUACUGGACUUUCUGCCUACAAUCCCAUUAAGCUCGACCUGGGCGGAGUUGUUUUGGGCACACUAGUGGGCAUUGGAGCCAUUAUACUGAUACCCAAAAUUCUAUCCGCCUUCCAUGGUGGCUAUGGAGGAUAUGGGCGAAGUGAGGACAGUGACCUUACACCUCUUAGCAGCAUGAUAAACAAAAUCGACGAUGUUCUGGGCCAGAAUAACAUUGACUCAACAAGUUGCAUGCAGCGAGCUGUCUGUGGUUAUGUUCGUUCCACGGAAUAUAAUAUGAAGAUAGGAUCCUCAGAUCAAAUGGAUGAGUUCAUUCACAUGCUAUCGGAAAAUGCUCUAGUAGAUUACCUGUUGGAUGGAACGGCUAUUAAAGAGGCAUUGGAGCAUGGCAAGCGAUCCAACGACAGAGCGUGUGAAGAGGUCUACUCUAAUUGUCCGCUGGACAGUAAAUCAGCAACGGAUAUCCUGAUGAAGCUGAUGCCAAAGAAAAACUCCCAAGGUAAAGGAAAAUCCUCUGGAGUUUCCCGAGAAAAGAAGGCUUAAUUAAUGUUAACUUGAUGAAUGAAUUUUGCGUUCAAUAAGAUUGUUUUCCAUACACUUACAACCAAAUAUU